AUGAGGCAGAGUGCAAGGCUGACCAGCGCGAUGCGGAGGACAAAACUCGAUGCAUUGCAGAGAUCGCAGACUUCGAGGAAUACACGAGGACGCGCCCGGAGGCCACUCAAGCCACUCAAGUGCCUCGCGAUGGCACUGUUGGACGACCUGCACGACGACGGACGCCUGCUGUCGGAGAAGUGGGAGGAGAUCGAGGUCAAGGUGGCCGACAUGAUAGCUAAAAGGCUAUCAGUCGUGCCAAACGGUCCGAUCCCCUCCUUCGACUCGUCGGACAUGGUCAGCGGGCACCGGGUGAUCAAGUGCGAUGACUCGUUCUCAAGGUCCUUCCUGGCGGAAUGCAUAGCCAAGAUUGGAAAUGCAUGGGAAGGCCUUAGUAUUAGGCUCGUCCACGCCAGGGAGAUUCCUAGGAGGCCGCGGACUCGCAUUUGGUUGCCAAAGGAGCAGACUGACCCAGGAAAGGUGCUGUCGCUGCUGAGGGCUCAGAACCCAGAAGUGCACACAGAGGACUGA